AUGGAACUUGAAGACAAUCGCACAUUGGUUACUGAUUUUGUGAUGGUUGGGUUUACACCAGACCCAUUUCUACGCACAAUUCUCUUUGUGAUGUUCUUGGCCACAUACACCCUAACACUGACUGGGAAUCUGGGCCUCAUAACCCUGAUCUACCUAGACUCCCGCUUGCACACACCCAUGUACUUCUUUGUGGGAAGCCUUUCCUUCCUGGAUGUCUGGUACUCCUCAGUCUACACUCCUCGGAUCUUAUAUGAUUGUUUAUCCAAGGACAACCACAUUUCCUUAGCAGGUUGUGCAACCCAGUUCUUCUUCUCUAAUGUAGUUGGUGGGAGUGAAUGCUUCUUACUGGCUUUCAUGGCCUAUGAUCGCUUUGUGGCCAUCUGUAACCCACUCCUUUAUGCCAUUGCAAUGCCCAAGAAGCUUUGUGUCCAGCUGGUGAUGGGAGCCUAUAUAGUGGGGUUUGUCAAUGCUAUUGUACACACUGGUAAUACCUUCCGCCUACACUUCUGUGGUAGUAAUAUCAUCAAUCACUUCUUUUGUGAUGUGCCACCACUUAUGAAGAUGGCCUGUGACGACAAAAGAGUAUAUGAACUCAUCCUGACUGCUGUCAUUGGCCUCACUUUGCUUUCAGCCACUGCUGUCAUUGUGAAGUCCUACAUUGGUAUUGUGGCAGCCAUUAUUCGCAUCCGUUCAACUGCAGGGAGACGCAAAGCUUUCUCCACUUGCUCAGCUCACCUGGUCUCUGUCUCCCUCUACUAUGGCACCAUGCUCAUUACAUACUCCUCACCCAACUCUCAUCACACAGCAGAUUGGGACAAGAUAAAUGCACUGUUUUAUACUGUAAUCAACCCUCUGGUCAACCCGUUGAUUUACAGCUUACGCAACAAAGAUGUGAAGGCAGCCUUCCAGAAAGUCUUGGAGAGAUUCACAGCUCCCAAAUGAAUGGCAAACUCCUUCUUUAGGGUAGAUUGCAGAGGAGGAAAAUAACCUCUAGGUUCCAAUGUCUGCCAGCCAUCCAGCCACUUUCCUUCUUUCCUCCUUCCCUCACUUCCUUCCUUGGUAAGAGAAAGUGGAGAAAGUCAUUAAAGAUUAGCGAUCAUCCCCAUGCUUAAAAUCCCCAUGCAAAUGUUUCUUAAUCAGCCAUUGUAUCCCAUAUGUGUACCUUCCCAACCUUCUAACUUGGCAGCAUGAACUUUUUAUUACAAACUUUUAAA